AAAUAGGUACCUCCAACCUGGCAUCGUCAGUUAGUCACUGUAUCACUGGCUGGACACGGUCUCUUUGAAACACUCGUUCACGGUAGUACACUGCCGGCGCUGAACUCAGCUUCAAUAAUCUCCUUUUUCUCUAUCCAGAUCCCAUAAUCACUAAACGCUUUCCACCUAUAUCCAUAAAUGGGCGUUAGCGACACUGCAGGUACGAAAUCAGGUUGCUGUAGUUCGAGUCUAUGGCUGGCCCCGAACCCGAGUAAGAGAUGGGGCGAGCUUUUCUUCCUCUGCUAUACUCCUUUCUGGCUUACUCUCUGUUUGGGGGUUGUGGUUCCUUACAAACUAUAUGAGAGCUUUACAGAGCUUGAAUAUUUGCUCCUGGCUAUGAUUUCUGCAGUUCCUUCGUUCUUGAUUCCAAUGAUAUUUGUUGGGAAGGCUGAUAGUAGCUUGAGUUGGAAGGACCGGUAUUGGGUCAAGGCCAGUCUAUGGAUAAUCAUUUUCAGCUAUGUUGGAAAUUACUUUUGGACACACUAUUUCUUUACAGUUUUGGGAGCUUCGUAUACAUUUCCAUCAUGGAAGAUGAAUGAUGUACCACACACAACUUUCCUUCUGACACAUGUUUGCUUCUUGUUUUACCACGUCACCUCAAAUAUGACACUUCGCAGACUACGGCAUGCGAUUGCUCACUUGCCAGAUAAACUUCGCUGGGCAACUGAGGCAGCAUGGAUUUUGGCUCUUGCAUAUUUCAUAGCAUACCUGGAGACAUUAGCCAUUUCUAACUUCCCUUACUAUGAGUUUGUGGACCGGGCUUCCAUGUAUACAGUCGGGUCAUUGUUUUAUGCCAUCUACUUCAUUGUGAGCUUCCCAAUGUUUUUGAGGAUUGAUGAGAAACCUGGUGACUCAUGGGACUUGCCGAGAGUGGCUGUCGAUGCUCUAGGUGCUGCAAUGUUAGUAACGAUAAUACUUGAUUUAUGGCGCAUCUUUCUUGGACCUAUAGUUCCAAUACCAGAUACAAAGCAAUGCCUUCAACCGGGACUGCCUUGGAUCCAUGGACAUGCCAAUGGAGCUUAACGACCAUCACUGUUAAAGUUUCCAGCACCUGAUGUUGUAACAUUAACUGUAAUUUGCUAAUUUUUAUCAGACCAUUCUUCGUUUCUAUAUCAAAGAUGGUUCAGUUAAGGCCUACACUUUUGAGUUGCAGCAAUGCUUUUAUAAUUGAUCUCGUGUCCAUUGUUUUAGUUUGGUUAGAUCCAAAAAGGGUAAUUCUGUGGAUGGCAUGUAAAAAUUUUCCGGUCCUUCGUGUAAAAAGCAGCUUGAUAAAUUAUGUUAAUUUGGCACUGA